AUGAUUGACAAUAACAUUACAACUACAGUCGAUCUUAUACAAACAUCAAAAUCACUUAUUGAUGACCUUAAUUUUGUAUCACAAAAUAUUCUUAUUUAUUUACCAUUAAUCUAUUUCAUCUUUGGUCUUAUUGGAUUUAUUGGAAAUGUUUUUACAUAUCUUCAACCUCAACUUCGUUCAAAUACUUGUUGUAUUUAUUCACUUUGUGGUUCAUUCAUUGAUAUUAUUAAUCUCUGUAUUAAUUCAUUUCCAAAUUAUUUUUCAGGUAAAUAUGGAAUUACUUUACCAUGGUUUACGUUAUCUGGUCUCUGUAAAUUCAGUAUCUUUCUCUUGGCAUUUAUUCCAUAUUUAUCAAUAAGUUUUUUAUGUAUGGCUAUUAUUGAUCGGUUUGCCAUAACGUGUGAUCAUACAUCAUCUGUUCGUCGAAUCACUCAACUUCGAAAAGUACCAUGGAUGAUUUGUCUUACUGUUCUCACAAGUGGUCUUUUUACAUUGUAUGCUCCUCUUCAUCAUGGUCUUGUUCCUAUAAUUGGUUGUGGAUCGACAAAUCCAACGUUAACAGGUAUAGCAUAUAUUAUUUUUAGCGGUUUACUUCAACCAAUAACAAUGAUAACAUUUGUUUUACUUACUUAUCGAAAUGUUCGUCGAAGUCGUGGACGAGUUGGUGACACAGCUCAAACAAAUCGACGAAAUCUUCGAAAUCAAUUUAUUGUAACUAUAUUUGCACAAAUUUUAGUAACAAGCUUCAUUUCUAUGCAAUGGGUUAUAACUAAUAAUUUUUAUUAUUUGAAUAAUGUUAAAGCAUUUUAUAUUUCAAUCUUAACAUCUCGUGUCUUUAGAAAAACACUUUUUGAUGGUUUAAAAAAUUUAUAUCGUCGUCAUAUAAGACAACAAAUGAAUGUAUCGAUGGUUAAACCUUUUACACAAACUAGAAAUUAA